AAUGUUUUUGCUUUUUAGUAAUGUACAUGUGAGGCCAGUGGCUCACACCUGUAAUCCUAGCACUUUGGGACACUGAGGUGGGCAGAGGGCAUGAGCUCAGGAGUUUGACACCAGCCUGGGAAACAUGGUGAAACCCUGUCUCUACCAAAAAGUAUACAAAAAAUUAGCCAGGCGCGGUGGCACAUGCCUGUGGUUUCAGCUACUUGGGAAGCUGAAGCGGGAAGAUUGCUUGAGCCUGGGAGGUGGAGUUUGCAGUGAGCCGAGAUAGCACCACUACACUCUAACCUGGGUGACAGAGUGAGACCCCAUCUCACAAAAAAAGUGUGUGUUUACAAAAAAAUGAGAUAAAAGUGUAUUUUAAUAUAUUAAAACCAUAUUCCUAACACAUUAUAUAUUUUAGAUAUAAUAAUUUACCAUAUGGGGUACAGUAGCCAAAGUUUUUGAAUGGAUAAGUGAAGAGAUUUCUUUCUUUAUGAUAACUGACCAUAGGAAAGCUCAGAUAUUCAGAAUUAUUAAAUACUGUGAAGAAUUGACAAAUCUAACACGUUUUCAACCAAAAAAUGAUGAGCAGUCAUGUAAAACAAAAGAAAGCAGAAGGUAAUGAAAGAACAAAAAGUGGUUGAGGCAUGGUUUGGGAGGUGUCAUAGCAGGUGGCAGCAGCUCUCUUUUGGAAAGUGGAUUAUUCUUAAUUGGCUUGUAUUUUUUUGCAAUUUUAUAUUGGUGCUUUGUGGUCCUGGAGACUAGUAGGGCUCUGAUCACCAUGUGAUUUUAAGCUUGUCAGUAUCAUCACACACACAAAAUUUCUGAGUUUUCUGACUGUAAGAAAGAUAAUGUCUUAAGCCUAGAAUUUCUGUUCAGUCCCCUGAGACAUUCAUCCCUAUUCAGCAAAUAUUCGUGUAAAUUUUCUCUGUAUUAGGCACUGUGAAGAAUAUAAAAUAAAUAUUAGAAAAUAAGUUACUACAAAUAUCUUACUAAUUUACAGUGACAACAAAACACACACAUGAAACAUUAAACAAAAGAACCGACUGGAUACGGUGGCUCAUGCCUGUAAUCCCAGCACUUUGGGAGGCCAAGGCGGGUGGAUCACCUGUGGUCAGGAGUUUGAGACCAGCCUGGGCAACGUGGUGAAACCCUGUCUCUACAAAAUGUAUUAAAAUUAGCUGGGUGUGAUGGCGUGCACUUGUGGUCCCAGCUACAUGGGAGGCUGAGGAUGGAGGAUCCCUUGAACCCAGGAAGAGGAGAUUGUGCCACUGCACGCCAACCUGGGUGACAGAGUGAAACCCUAUCUCCAAAAAGAACAACAACAACAAAAGACCCAAAGUGACAUGUGAUUGUCAUGGUAAACAGUGUAGAGAAUAAGUAUGCUAAAAGUUGGAGAGAGCAUGAUCCAGGAGCCUGUAAUGGUGGAGAAAAAAGUUGAAUAAUAACUUCUGUUCUGUUGAGAAAAAAAGGGCAAAGUUUCAGGUUGGGGGAGAAGAGAGGGAUGACCAUGAAAGUCAGUAGGAAAAUGUAGGCUCAGAGCUCUCCCCUGGCGCCAUCUGUAAUGGUAGUUGGUAUUCGUGCUCCAGCAUAUUGAGCACUCCUAUACCGGGAAGAAUCCUGGACCACAGGAGGGAAGAUCUUUAUGCUGCCAGUUGCUAAACCUGUGAACAUGGGGUUGUUUUCUUUAUGUCUUAGUUUCUCCAUUUGUGAAAUGGGGAGCCUCAUAUCUUUACAUGCCCCAAAGUCACUGGGGUCUCUAUAAGAUAAUGUGUGUGAAUGAGAUUUUUCAGUUGAAAAACAGGAUGUAAGUAUCUUUGGUGAUAAUGAUUUACUGGAUAUACAGAUGGAAGAAAAGCACAAAACCAGGACAUGAAAGGGCAGUGAAGUAGUCAUGAUAUGGCUCCGACGAGUGGAGGAACACCAGGGAUCUUGACUCAUGUGAAUUAGAUAAAACGACACGGACACACGUGGAGUGGUUUUAAGGAGCAGAGAAUUUAAUAGGCAAGAGAAAAGGGAGAAGAAAGAAAGAAGCAGCUCCCCUGUACACAGACAGAGGGAGAGGUGCUCCAAAACUGAGAGAGGAGACUCGGAGUGUGGUGGAUACCAGCCAGUUUUAUGAGGAGGCUAGAGGAGGCGGUGUCUGAUUUGCAUAGGGCUCAGGGGAUUGGUUUGACUAGGCAUGUCAUUCACGUAGCCUGCACAAAAAACUGGCCCUCCCACCUUAGCCUUUUUAUAUGCAAAUGCAGGGCGCCUUGAUGUUCUACACACGUGGGGAUAUGUGAGGUCGGCCAUGCUGCCAGGCACACCACGGGGCAAGGGCAAGAGGACAUGUGGGAAUCUCCAUGUUGGGUGGACCCAGUUUCUAAUGGCCUGCAUUUGCAUAUCAAAGGUUGCCAGCCCAGUUCUAAGAGCCGGGCUUUCCUGUUAGACAAGAGACGUUCCUGGAGCUGCUUUAAAAGGGACGAAAACUUUCCAAGGACCUCUUUUCCUCUCUAUCUGCCUAAAAUAAUUUCUCAACAACACCUACAGCAGUCACAGCACACCUGGGUCAAUGUCAAAGGCAACAGAACUGGACCAAGAAAAUUCAUAACUUUUUGCUUUUGUUUCUACUAAGAUGACAUCAUACAUGGCUAUUGAUGGCAGUGCUCUUCAGGUUCCCUUGCGUCAGAAGCCCAGGAGGAAAACUCAAGGUUUUCUCACGAUGAGUCGGAGGAGGAUAUCGUGUAAAGAUCUGGGCCAUGCUGACUGCCAAGGGUGGCUGUAUAAGAAAAAGGAAAAGGGAAGUUUCCUAAGCAACAAAUGGAAAAAGUUCUGGGUGAUACUGAAGGGGUCGUCACUGUACUGGUAUAGCAAUCAAAUGGCAGAGAAAGCUGAUGGAUUUGUCAACCUGCCUGAUUUCACUGUGGAAAGAGCAUCCGAAUGCAAGAAAAAGCAUGCUUUUAAGAUCAGCCAUCCACAGAUCAAGACCUUUUAUUUUGCAGCUGAGAAUGUGCAGGAAAUGAACGUGUGGUUAAAUAAACUUGGAUCGGCUGUAAUCCAUCAGGAAUCCACUACAAAGGAUGAAGAAUGUUACAGUGAAAGUGAACAGGAAGAUCCUGAAAUAGCUGCGGAGACACCACCCCCUCCUCACGCUUCCCAGACUCAGUCUUUGGCUGCACAGCAGGCAUCUUCAUCCUCACCCAGCCUGAGUGGAACGUCGUGUUCUUUCUCUUCCCUGGAAAAUACAGUGAAGACACCCAGCAGUUUUCCUUCCUCCUUAUCUAAAGAGAGACAAUCCUUGCCUGACACAGUUAACAGUUUGUCUGCUGCUGAAGAUGAGGGACAACCAAUAACGUUUGCUGUGCAAGUUCAUUCACCUGUACCCUCAGAGGCAGGCAUCCACAAGGCCCUGGAAAACAGUUUUGUCACAUCAGAAAGUGGAUUUUUGAACUCUUUAUCUAGUGAUGAUACUUCUUCAUUGAGUAGCAAUCAUGACCAUCUUACUGUCCCAGAUAAGCCUGCUGGAUCAAAGAUCACGGACAAAGAAGAGACAAAAGUGUCUGAAGAUGAUGAAAUGGAGAAGCUGUACAAAUCAUUAGAGCAAGCUAGUCUAUCUCCUCUUGGGGACCGACGACCUUCAACUAAAAAGGAGUUGAGAAAAUCCUUUGUUAAGCGGUGUAAAAAUCCAUCUAUAAACGAGAAACUCCACAAAAUCCGAACAUUGAAUAGCACAUUAAAGUGUAAAGAACAUGAUCUGGCCAUGAUUAACCAGUUGCUGGAUGACCCGAAGCUGACAGCCAGGAAAUACAGAGAGUGGAAAGUCAUGAACACCCUGCUGAUCCAGGACAUCUAUCAGCAGCAGCGGGCUUCGCCUGCCCCUGAUGACACUGAUGACACCCCCCAGGAACUCAAGAAAUCACCUUCUUCGCCCUCUGUUGAGAAUUCCAUUUGAGACAAAGUCAGGGUUUUCUCCUCUUAUAUUUUAUCACAAGCAACUCUUCAAGAUGUUGCAAAAGCUUACAUUUUUCCUUAAAAGGAAAACUGAAACCCAGUCCUUCAAGCAUCAGCUUCCCAUCUAAAGAUGCACGUUAGAUGAAGAUAAUCACCGAAUACACCGGGGCUCCUCAUUUCAGUCGUAACGCAUCCACUGAGAUUGGAACGAUUGAGUUCAGUUGAAAGGCGUUUUUUGUGUUCCUACUGGGAGCUCACGGUGAUGUGGGGCUCUAGGGGGGAUGUGAGAAAUGUCUCUUCUGUUCAUUGCUCUCCAGAGAAUGCUAUGGACAAGAAUCAAAUUUUACCAGGAGUAAUUGCCCAUGGAAACAUUCUGUUUUUCAAAAGAAGAAUGUACAUAUUCCACUUGGCUGGGAAGCUGUGUGGCCCAAAUCACUGUUUGAGUGGAGGAAUGUUUUCUAGAGCAGUGACUGGAAGGACAAACGUGGUGUUGCAGAACAAAAAUUCCUUGCCUUUGGGAUGGAAUGGUGGUGCCUUUUCCAUGUGAUGAGAAAUGCUUCAUAGACAGUGGCAUGUGGGAGAGCUGAAGGAGGAGGCGUGUUCCAUAUUCCACUCAUUCAAAGGACAGCUUGGUGUUUUCACACUUUAUGCAGGUUAGGGGAUCUGAUUAAUGUUUCCUUUCCUUACAACAGCUAGAGAAAACAUCUCAUCACAAUUGGAGACCUCUACUUCCUUCGAGCUUUCCUACUCAAUGGUAGGAGAUAGUAAUAUGUUCAGCAAAGAAUGUCUACUGCUCUUGUCCUUGGCUGUGAUCCCUAUACAUAGUGUGAAUUUAUAUCCAGAUUUCCCAGGAUCAAUAUUGACAAGAUGACUUUGGCAUCUGAAUUGUUUUAAUAUCUUUACUCAAAAAAACAAAAAAAAAAAAACCCAUGGAAGCAACAAAAGAGUUAAACAUGAUGGAUUUAUUUUUGUAUGUUUAUAUGUCACUUGUGUGCUAUGUGAAUAGCUAUGUUUGUUAUUUAAAUAUAUUUAUAGAAGUUCAAAUUACUAGUGUUUAAAAGAUGAUAUACUAUUAUAUAUUGUGCUUAGUAUAUAUUUGAUGAGUCUAUACUUUUUGCUUGAGAAAAAUAGAAAUACUAUUGAUUCACUGGUGUUAUGAUGUUGCACUGUGUCUGAGGAAUGCUCAGGAAAUCUUGUGGGAAAAAAAUGGGGCAUGCAUUCAUAAUUUUUCGUUUUCUUCCCCACCCCAACCCCCAUGAGCUCUUUAAUUUAGAUUUCUAUCUCUUGUAAGUCACUCUUUUAACCAGCAAAGGACUUUCAUCUUAGAUUAUCCUUUCUAUUAAAUAAACUUUAAGCUUUGUGCCAUUUAUGCCUGCAAACCUUAGACCAAAGGCAACACAACUAAUGUCAUCUUUUCAUUAAAGACUAAUAGAAAUUUAGAAAUCAUUGUGUUAAAGAGAGCUAUAGAGAAACAAUAUGAAAGUCUUCCCUUACUAAUCACCAUGAAUAUUUCUCACCAUAAGAAUAACCACAACCCACCAAGUACCCAUGUUGGCCCUGCCUACCCCUAACAAAUUGUUCACACAACCUAUUUUGUUUUAUAGCUUCAAAGUGUGGCUUGACAUUCAAAUGGAAGGAACCACCUGAAUUAUAUCUGCAAACAAAAUGGAAAUAGUUGUUGAAUAGUUCCCCAAGCUUUACUAAGAAGCCUUAAUACUCUGUAAACAAACAAACAAACAAAAAACAACCUUAGCAUUAAGAAAUAAAAACAAAAAACAAGAAGCAAGUUGUACUGCUAGAAACUUCUCUAAGAUAAGAGGCCAGGCCAAUCAGUUUGGCCCAGCAAACAUGUGGGUACUUCUCCACCUAGGGAAGCCACUGAAGAUGAGUUUGACCAGUGGUGACCUGACAGAGGGAACAUUCAGAUCCUCAGAUUGCACCCUGAUGCCCUGGUUUAGGAGAGCAGUGCUUUAACCUUUUGGCCCUGGAAAUUACUGGUUCUCUCUGUGAUUAGCAGAUACCAGAAGGGAAAUUAUUUAGGAUUGGCAAUGUAAAGAGUAUUGAAGGAACGACAAAUAACAAUAGCAGAAAUAACAGUGUGACAUAAAGUGCCCUUCCACCUAUUUUUCUUUGGUUUGCAACAUCAACCUGUAGACUUCCAGUUUUUCUUAAAUUGAAGAGCUCCAGACACUUUUGAGCAGGGUUUGUGAAUACCUUUGAAUGCUUUCCUUUGGCUUUUCCUGAAGACAUAUUUCCCCAACCUUUCAAUUGUAAACUCCUUUAGUACCAUUCAAACUUAAAGGCAAAAAAGAUCCCUGGGAUUACUUAGCCAAGGCUUAAAAUUAUUUUUCAAAGUCAAGAACAUUAGCCUAGAAAUUUUUGCUUUGCUAGUUAAAGCUUACUUUGCAGAGCUUCCCAAAGUGAAAGGGAAACUGAACUUCACAAUUUUGCACCUGGCUUUCUGGAGCCCCAUUGCCUGCUCAUUCGUGUUUUUUCUCCUGUAAAUUAUUUUGCUUUUGACCAGGUUGUGCUAGAAAGUAGGGCUGCUUCUGUGAGUUCUCAGCCUAGGCUGUGGCCACUAAGACGUGGGUGGGGGGAUAGACAGGAGUGAGAGGGAGAGUGGGUGACACUUUCCAUGACACUUAAUGUAGGAAGACAUGGGCUUCUCUCUCUUGGCCUCAAGCCACUUUUCUGGUCCAAAGAAUAUUGGGAAAACUGGAUUACUUUCAGUAUAUUUCUUGAGACCGGGUCAUCUCUGAAAUGCAUUUGGGGUAGUUUCAUGGGGUCCAAGGGCCAAUUCCUAUACCCAGUCCUGCAGUGUCUGUGAGCUGUGGAAUGAGAGAGAAAACCAUGGCUGCUCAGGAAGGAAGUGGAGAAUCUCUCAGCACACGUAGAUCCAAAUCUGUGGCACCUGCUAAAGAUUAGGAUUUGGAGAGGACUCCUCUUUGGGGUUGUGAAGAGGACCUUUUCCCUCUGUUGUUAACCUGUAGAUCCAGAACGGAGCCUGAUGUGAUGCCUUCACUGGCUGAUAUAUUGCAAAUAGACACUCUGAGCCCUGCAUUGCAAGGGCGUCUUUUGCUUUAAAGAAUUCUUAGUUUUGCCACAACAGCUCAAAUCUCAGAAUAGGAUCACAGGCCUAGAAAGACUCCUAAAGUAUAGGAUUACAAAGACUCCAGGAAGCGUAAGAAAGAGAUUGUGUUUGGAGUCAGAUUUCAAUGUGAAACCCAUGCCUUAUAUUUACACAGCACUUUGUAGUUUGCAAAUUAAUGUGUUUUCAGCCCCCUCCCGCUGCCCCAUGCUCUAUGUGAGAUGAUUGUGGAUUAUUACAGUGAAGUGCCUGGCCCAGAGCCCCCAGUGAUGAAGCAGGAACUUGAGUCUCAGGACUCCCAGCGGCUCUCUGCCCAUUUCCUCCUCUCCGCCCCCCAUCUCGCUUCACCUGUUACCUUGUGAAGUUGCUGUUGGCACAUAGCCCACUAGGAAACCAAGAAGUUUGACUGGGAGUGUGUGUUUCAUUGCACUGGGCUUAGCAUACGGCCGGCCCUGGUGGCUGUUUGGCUAAAUUCUCCAUUUGAAACCUAAAGGGCCCUCUCUGUGCUUGAGCACAGUCUCCUCCUAAUGGUCCUGCCUCAACCUGCUGGUGGGCUGUCUAUGGAUUGGGGUUUCACCUAAUCAUGCUGUGUUUCCUUUCUUUUCUUUCUGUACAUUAGACUACUUGGGAGGUGCUGUGUGAUCCUUGGAUGAAAAACAUGUAUUUAAAGAAAUGGAGAGUGUUCAUUUUGUUUGCUUUUUGAGGCAUGUGCUGUCAGAUGUCAGAGACCCAACUUAGUGAUUAGAGGUUGGUCCUUUGACCUUCUUCUCUUAAUUGCUUUUCAUGUAAUCAUGAUAAUUUACUCAGGUAGCACUCCAGUCACAAACAAUGUCACAGAGAUGAAACAGAUUCAAAGAAAAAAUAUUUUUAAGUCUUUUGAAAAGAAGUGCUAUUCAAAUUUAAGACAUGUUUAAAUUCAUAGGUACAUUAUCUCUUAGUAAGAAAUACUUUUUUUUUUCUUUUUUUAGACAGAGUCUUGCUCUGUUGCCCAGGCUGGAGUGCAGUGGCACGAUCUUAGCUCACUGCAACCUCUGCCUCCCUGGUUCAAGUGAUUCUCCUGCCUCAGCCUCCCGAGUAGCUGGGACUACGCCCAGCUAAUUUUUAUAUUUUUAGUAGAGACCGGGGUUUACCAUGUUGCCCAGGCUCGUUUCAAACUCCUGACCUCAGGUGAUCUGCCUGCCUCUGCCUCCCAAAGUGCUGGGAUUACAGGUGUGAGCCACCACACCUGGCCGAAAGACAGUAUUUUAAUAUAGCCACAUACAUGAUUUAAUGAGUAAUGUUAAGUACAGAAAAGCUGCCAUAUCCACAUAGUUUUAGGGGGCAUUUCUUCUUCAGUCUAACAAGAAUAUGAUAUCCAAUUGUGGUUUUCCAAUUUAUUUCUCUUCCAAUUUCUUUUGUAUACCUCACAGGAGAAAUUGAAUCCUAGAACUGGGAGAUGACUGCCCUGCCCAGGGUUUUGUAAUACAUAAUUGAAAAUAAAAGUCCCUGAAACUAAAUGUUUGCAGCCUGUAUGAAAUGGACUGUGGAAGGGGGAUAAUUUCUCUCCUCACAGAAAGCCACUCGUCUCCUUGAAUGAGGCAUUGAGCAGACACACGUUUCUCUGUGUCAUGGGGCAGGAAGCAAUUCCCUUGCCUCUUCAGCACAUCUCAGUUCUUUCCCACAUGACCCCAGAACCACAUAGAAAACAUUGAAAAUAAUGGAUUUUUCAUUGAAAAAAGCUUUACAUUUCUCUUGCUGUAAGGAGACUUAACUGCUCUGUAUUUGAAUUUUUUUUUUUUUAACCUUUAGCCCAAAAGGGAAGUGUGCCUCGUGGAAAGAGCAAAUGCCGUAAAAUAGAAACCAGCAGUUUUAAUCGCCAUAUAUUUUAAUGUGCUUGCAUGAUGGGAAUGUGACUUUUAGCACUGCAUGGUGUUUGGGGGCAAGAUAUUAAUGUGGAAAUCUUAGCUUAAGUUUUACUGUGCUCUCAUCCUGUGUCAGCUACCCCUCUAAACUGAAAAAGAGGCAUGGCUCAUUUCUCUCCUGCUUUAUGUUUUUGAGGUUGACUUGUAAGAUAAAAAUAAGAAAAAAAAUAUAUCUAGUCAAAUGAUAUGAAAAAAAGUUGAAAUAUACUACUGGUGUUCAUUUUCUGUCCUGCAGUGUUGCUUUCUCGAAGAAAUAAACAUGUGGCUGGAAGUGUUUAA